UACUGGCAGGAUCCAGAAAAUGGGUUUCUGGAGGAGCCUCCCUCUCGUCCUGCUGCUGCUGUUCUCAUGCAACAGCCAAGCAGGGCGGAAUGUGAAGAGCAAUCUAUGCAAGUGGUGUGAUAACACAUACCCACUGUGUGAAGACCAGGUGUGCUACAGCAACUGCGACUUAAGUUCCUAUUGUGAAAAACCAGAAGAAAUCUGUGUCUCUAUAUGGAAACAAGAUAAUGAAAGCGCAAGGGUGAGCACUCUCUGUCACAACCCACAGUUCCCUGUGGAAAAUGUUAUGGUUCCUAAAUAUAACACAUCACAGUGUGUUAUGGUCCGCCAGCACAAUGAAGAUGGCGUAUUUUACAUCUGUGGCUGUGUGAAUGAACAGGAAUGCAAUGACAAGCUUAUAUUUAAGAAUCAGACCAGUGGGUACUCUAUGUUACAAAGCAAGGAAAUAAUUCCUGUGGCAGCCAUCAGUCUGUUGCCCCCCCUGCUAGUUGCCAUCAUGAUAACAGUGAUAUUCUACCUCUGCCGAACCCACAGGCAAAGGAAGAGAUCUAAAGACUGGACCCAAAAACAAACCCAGCACCACAUGCUGCCUGAAUCAAGCACCGCCAGCAACUAUGACGAGAUAUUAUUGGUCAAGAUAGACAAACAUGCCACCCUGAGCUCGGCCUGUGCCAACAACAUCAACCACAACACUGAACUGUUGCCCAUUGAGCUGGAUGAGAGAGUGGGGAAAGGGCAGUUUGCUGAAAUCUGGAGAGCAAAACUCAAGCAUGCUUCCGCAGGCCAGUAUGAGACAGUGGCAGUGAAGAUUUUCCCUUGUGAAGAGUAUACCUCCUGGAAAAACGAGAGCCAGAUCUUCACUGAUAUCAACCUCAAACAUGACAGCAUCCUUCAGUUUCUCACUGCAGAAGAAAGGCACUCUAGUCUUCAGAAAGAGUAUUGGCUCAUUACAGCCUACCACAGCCAAGGAAACCUCAAGGACUAUUUAUCCAAGCACAUUCUGAGCUGGAGGGACUUGCAAAAGAUGGCUGGUUCCCUGGUGAGUGGUGUGGCUCACUUGCACAGUGACUACACUCCUUGCGGCAGGCCAAAGAUUCCCAUUGCCCACCGGGACAUCAAAAGCACCAACAUCCUCAUAACAAAUGAACAGCAAUGUGUGCUCUGUGAUUUUGGAAUUGCUCUGAGGCUAGAUCCAGCUUUAAGUGUGGAGGAUUUUGCUAACAGUGGACAGGUGGGCACUGCCAGGUACAUGGCUCCUGAAGUUUUGGACUCCCGAGUGAAUCUUGAAGAUCUGGAGUCAUUCAAACAAAUGGAUGUCUAUUCCAUGGCAUUAGUUUUAUGGGAGAUAGCCUCCAGGUGUGAUGUCAUUGGAGAAGUCAAGAGUUAUGAGCUCCCAUUUGGGUCAAAAGUCCAAGAACAACUGUGCAUGGAGGUUAUGAGAGACAUAGUGCUGCACGGUCGAGGACGGCCAGAGAUACCAAGUAAUUGGUUAAUACAUCAGGGAAUGCAUUUCCUGAGCGACACCAUCACAGAAUGCUGGGAUCAUGACCCUGAAGCUAGACUCACAGCCCACUGUGUGGCAGAACGUUUUAACCUGAUGGCACAGAUGGACUGCGAUGACAUGUUCAACAACAACCACAACACAGAUAGUGAGGCAAGCAAACUGGGCUGCCCAAGAGAGGAGCAUCAGAACUGUGACAGGAACAUCCAGUGAUGGAAGAAAGAAAUAUGAGCAUGACAAAAGCACCCAAGGGCAUGCCACUCUAGAAAAAUACAUGCACUCAUCCCCCAUUUAGUCUUCUCAAACUGCAAAAUAGAACUCAAGGCCUUUUAUUUCCUAGGCAGAGCCACUGUAUUAAUUUUUAUGCACCGCAACAGUAUGCAAAUCAUUUUAUAAUUUUAAAUGUAAAAUACGUUUGCUUUCAUUUAAAAGUGAUUAACAAUGAGGCAUUUUAAAAGUUAUUUUUCCUUCAAUGUUCAUUCUGCCUGAGAGGGGAGGGGGAGAGGCAGAGUCCUGAGAUUAAGCAGUGCUUGAAAGAAAUCUACUGCGGCUAUAGAUAAUCAGGUAAGAGCUAAAUUUAACCUCUUAAAAUUAAAAGUGUCUAUUGAUAAAGACUUACAAUGUUUCCAAACAAGUUUGUUACAUAAUUGUAAACUUCCCAAGCAACCAUGAUCAACUCAGGUCGGCUCUAAAAGUAGUGGCCUGCCAUAUCAUGGCUGAAGUAUUCCUAAAAUCUUCUUUUCCAUUAGGUAGGAUAUUUUUUCCUUUUCAGCAAUAGCCUACAUUGUCAGCACAUCUCCUUUAAGCAAACUCUUACCUGAAAAUUCUACCAGUUUCUGCAGCACACACUCAGCAUGUAAUACAAGGAAACGAACAGGUUCUUCUGGCCAGAAACCAGGGCCCUCUCCCCUUUCCGCAGCAGUACGUCAUUUCCGCCUAUGCAGCCAUUCACUGAAGGUCAUGGAUGACUCUGGAAUAGACCUUGUAUUGCAAAGUGCUACAAUGAGGACACUGGGACAUUCUCUGCGCAUGU